AUGUCAGUUAGUUUUGGAUGGAUAGCCGGCUAUAUAGCGUUACCUGCCUGUGCCUGGCUUUUACAUGACUACCAGUACCUCCAAGCUAUACCCACAUCGAUAGCAUUAAUUUUUAUGUGCACCUGGCUAUUGACAAUACCGGAGUCGCCAAGGUGGCAACUGACUAAUAAUCAAAUUGAAAAGGCCCGGCUCACAAUCGCUAAAGCUGCUAAAAUGAAUGGAAGGAUAACUAACCCGGACUACAUGGGCGAUAAAUUCAAUCAACUAAAACUUAACACAGAAAUGUCUCAAAACACGGCAAAAGGUCAACAGCACCGGACCAUACUGGACCUACUGUCCCACCGAGUGAUGCGAAACUAUACCCUCAUAUUCUGGGUGUCAUUUGCUGUGAACGCAUUCAUAUAUCACGGAAUAUCGCUGAAUGUCCAGCAAAUCGGCGGUAAUCUGUACGUAAACUUUGCCAUCGCAGGGCUGGUGGAGAUACCGUCCCUCAUACUCAACAUCGUAGGCCUUAGACACGUGGGCCGUAAAGCGUUUACCAUUACUACUAUGCUGUUGGCAUCCCUUUCCUAUUUGACUAUUGUAGGGCUGGGCGCCUAUAAGGAACCUAUGGGCGCUAGCUACGAAACUGUGAAAUUGGUGCUGGCUAUGCAUACGGGGAUCGGGAGCUGUANUUAUAUACAUUCGGGCGAAAUAUUUCCCACUGUAUUGAGGCAUACGGGGAUCGGGAGCUGUAGUAUAGCCGCCCGUAUUGGCUCAAUACUGGCGCCGUUUGUUAAGGAAAUGACUAAGGACAGGGAGAUACCCGACAAUAUGAAUGAUGUCGAGGAGCUGAGAGACUUAGGGCGCCGACACUCCGAUGGAUAUAAACAUACGACUAGUGAACUACAGACACGUGAAAAGCAAACAAAUCAAUUAUAA